AUGGCGCAAAUCCCCGAGAAUGAAGAAGUGGCUCAGCGUCAUAUUCCGCCGUUGAACACGUCGUUGUACGUUGGUGAUCUUGACGAUCACGUCACCGAUACGAUGCUCACAAAUCACUUCAACCAGGUUGGUGAAGUCGUUUCCGUUCGAAUUUGCAUGAACAUGUUCACUCAUCAAUCCCUCGGUUACGGCUACGUCAAUUACAGUAAUCACGAGGACGCCAAAAAAGCAAUUGAAGUGCUGAAUUUCACUUCGUUGAAUAACAAACCCAUUAGGGUAAUGUUUUCUAAUCGGGACCCUAGCGCUCGGAAGAGUAGUACUGCUAACCUCUUUGUCAAGAAUUUGGAUAAGGAAAUAGAUAACAAGGCUUUGCAUGAAACCUUUGUGGCUUUUGGAAAUAUUCUUUCUUGCAAGGUCGCGGUGGAUCCUUCUGGUCAGUCUAAAGGCUACGGUUUUGUGCAAUUUGAGAAAGAAGGAUCUGCACGAGAAGCUAUUGACGAGUUAAAUGGCUCGAUAAUCCAUGGUAAACAGCUCUAUGUGGGUCAGUUUCGGCGAAAGCAGGAGAGAGAGAGUGCUCUGAGGGAUGGAAAGUUUAAUAAUCUAUAUGUGAAAAACCUAUCGGAGUCAGUAACGGAGGGUGAGUUGAACAUAAUUUUUGGAGAAUAUGGACCCAUUACCAGUACUGUAGUGAUGAGAGAUAUAGAUGGUAUAUCGAAACGUUUUGGUUUUGUCAAUUUUGCGAAUGUUGAUGAUGCUGCUAAAGCUUUAGAGGAACUUAAUGGAACGAUUUUGGAUGGUAAGGAGUUGUACGUUGGAAAAGCCCAGAAAAAAAGUGAAAGGCAGCUUGAACUGAAAGAACGAUAUGGGCAGACUUCGAAGGAUGCCUUUGGUGUGCAUCCCGGUUCAAACUUGUAUCUCAAGAACUUGGACGAUAGUGUUGACGAUGAAAAACUCUGCAAACUGUUCUCUGUGUUUGGUUUAAUAACCUCAUGCAAGAUUAUGCGAGAUCCACAGGGGAUUAGUAGAGGAUCUGGAUUUGUUGCAUUUUCAUGUCCUGACUCUGCAACUUGGGCUCUUUCUGAGAUGAAUGGUAAAAUGGUUGCUGGAAAGCCUCUCUAUGUCGCCCAUGCACAGAGAAAAGAAGAGAGAAGAGCAAAGUUACAGGAACAAUUUUCGCAAACAAGACCUGUUGGAACAAUUGGACCUCGAAUGCCACUGUACCCACUGGGGGCUCCUGGGAUGGGACCACCGCCACCGUUUUUCUAUCGGCGACCACCUGUAGCUCCAGCCUUUGUACCUCAGGCUGGAUUUGGUUACCAGCAGCAAUUUGUUCCCGGAAUGAGACCAGGUGGUGCUCCUCCGCAAAGCUUGUUUGUUCCAGGGGCUCAACAAGGUCAACAGGGACAGCUCCCAAGUGAACAACGAGGAGCAGGGCCUACGCAACAACUCCAGCAACCAAUGCCAUCGAUGCAGCCAAUGCAAAUGGGACAUGUCUAUGCAUGUACUAAUGUACCUGUUUUUCAGCAAAUGCCCAUUCAGACCCUUUCUACAGCCCUUGCAAGUGCUUCUCCUGAACAACAGAGGAUAAUGCUUGGUGAAACUUUGUACCCGCUUGUAGAUAAACUGGAGCAUAAUGCAGCAACAAAGAUUACGGGUAUGAUUUUGCAGAUGGACCAAGCUGAAGUGUUACAUCUGAUUGAAUCACCAGAUGAUCUUAAGGAUAAAGUUGCCGAGGCCAUGAAUUUGUUGAGAGAUAUUGAACUGCAGCCAUCAAACAACCCAGUCGAUCACCUGGCUUUUCUAUCUAUCUCUGAAUGA